GUAGUUGCAUAGUUGCAGUUGUUCUAUAAAAGCCCCUCAAUACAGAGAGGCACAAUCACAAUUUCACAGCCUCCUGAAAGGUCUAUUUUCAAUAUUCAUUCUCUCUGAGCUAACAACUACUGCAACACAUGGAUGCUGAAAUGAAGAGGGGGAGUCAAGUGCCUGCAUUCGGGAGCUGGGAUUGUAACGAUGAGGAUCUAGAGUUCACUCAGUGUUUCGAAACAGCGGCGAGGACUACUUCAGGGGGGCUGCUUCGCUAUAGCUACACCGGUGGUGAGUGUGAUGAUCUCUAUCUCUCCGGGGACUUGUACCAGAACCAUAUCGUAACCCCGGCCAUGAUCAUUGUUCCACGCCGCCACAAACAGGAAAAGGGCGGAUACAAAAAUGUGAAACAGGGGAAGAAGGAGAAAGAGGAGUAUGGUGGGUAUCAAGUGAGAGAGGCAACAAGCCGUCAGGGACCACCACCACCGCCUGCCAGGAGAAACAAGGCACCACCACCACCUAAGCCGGUGGAUGAGGACCUGUACAAAAUUUCACCAGAUCUCCUCUAUGCCCGAACCAAAAAAAAGAGGGGAUUUGGACUAUUUUCAUGCUGCAUGAGCCCAAGUGGUGGCUUCUGAACAAGGAUGGAGCAGAAAACAAAGCUAAGACCAGAAGAUACAUAUACCUAAUAUAGUAGCGGUCAUAGAGUAAAUAGGUAGCUAGGAAGAUGAAAGCAAAAGCUGUACCAUUAUAAAAUGAUGACGGAUGAUGAUUAGUCAUCAUUUUGUAAAGGAUGAUGAUAUGUAAAAUAAAUAAUAACUAGUGCUGUUGUUGAUGUAUGCUUUUGAAUAUCAAAUCUUCUUCUGGCAUUUCGUGUUUA